AUGGCACCUCCACCCACACCCCUCUCCCCCUCCGAGCUCUCCUACCUGCACACCUCCCUCUCCCUCCACCCGCCAAUCCGCCCCGACGCCCGCUCCCCCACCUCUUUCCGCCCCCUGGUUGCCGAAACAGAUCUCCUACCUGCGGCAAACGGGAGCGCGAGGCUAUGUUUCGCAGACGGCACGGAGGCGAUUGCCGGGGUGAAGGCUGAAGUAGAGAAAGUUCAAGGGCUGGGGAAUGUCCGCUGGUAUGACAAUAUGGAUGCAGAGAUGGGAGGGAUAGAAGAGAGUGAGAGAGAUGGAGAACAAGAGGGGGAAAGAGGAAAAGGCGUGGGAGAAGACAAGUGGAUCGAGGUUACGGUGGAUAUGCCCGGCCAGCGCGACGACGACGCCAUGGUAGUGUUCCUGGCGCAGAUGAUACAUGAAGGGUUAGUCGCAGAUGGAGGGCUGAAAAACAGACUGGUCAUCAACGCACGGUGGCAUUGGCGCCUUUAUAUCGACAUCCUCCUCCUCUCCCCACCCCACACCUACCCCCUCCCCCUCCUCUCCCUAACAACGCACCUCGCCCUCCUUUCCACCCGCUUACCAGCGCCUAUAUCCAACCACGACGAAGACCCGCUGUUCAACGACGAUUGGGACGCCUCGUCACCACUCUACCCUUCCUCCGACACCUACCCCGACGCCAAAACCCCGCCACAGAGCUCCCCCGCACGCCCACCGAUCACACUCCUCGUCAUCUCCGUAGGCGACAACGUCUUCUUCGACGCCUCCCGCGAAGAACUAGCAGUCGCGGACGCCGUGCUCGCCGUCACCGUCGGCGCCCCUUCGUCCCCGUCCACGGGUCUCAACCUGUUAGCAGUGAGGACGAUCGAUCCGCCGUCACGGCUCUCCGCUUCGGCAGCGGAGGUCGGACGAGCGGGGGCGGAGAUCGAUGCAGAGGGGGGGAAAGAGGGUGUGUGGAAGGCUAGCAAAGGGGGAAUGAAGAGGAGGGUGCUGGCGAGGAUGGUGCAGAUGUGCGUGGAGGGUGGAGGGGUGGGGGAGGAGGUUUUGGGCGGCUUGGGGGAAUUCAGUUGA